UUCAUGCUGGCCUGGCUGACACACAACAGGACUCCUGCUGAGACGACACCAUCCAUUAUGGAUGAAUCCUGUAUUCAUCCACUGGCAUCAAAGCAGGUUUUAUCACUUCAGAUAUCACCUAUUCACAGCGUUCUGAAUGAGGUUUCUGGACAGGGUCGUGCUUUAGGGGAAGGGGCACUUGGUUCCUCAAGAGAAUGUGUGACUUCUGUUUGAUCCAUUGAUGAUCUAGCCAUGUUUCUUUGAGUUUUACUCUUUCAAGCAUCCCUUUUGUUCUGACCCAUUCAACAUUCAGAUAAGCCGGUUCUUGCAAAUGCUGUCGGAAUCAGUGUCUGAGAUCAACAGCACAAUACGGCACUACUGAAUAAGGAGCCUUCUACACUAAUAACAACAUCCGUGUUUGUAUCCCUGUAACAGAAGUGUCAAUGUCCUUUGAGAGUGGCUCCUCGGUGACCCUUACCUUCCAGAUGCCUUUCCCAGUCAUGCACAACAGAGACAGAGGUAGCCAGUCGUCUAGCAGUCAGCCAAUCCAUAGCCAGUCGUCUAGCAGUCAGCCAAUCCAUAGCCAGUCGUCUAGCUGUCAGCCAAUCCAUAGCCAGUCCUCAGCCAUCUAUGCCCACGACGGCGAGUCCAGAGAAAACGUUGCCUUCAGCUUUCUGACGACUAACACCCCUGCCAUGUUACUCUGUGUCAACACCUACCAUCAACAGUACCUGGCUAUCAUCCUGGCUAACAACGGGAGUCUGCAGAUCUGGUACCAUCUGAACAGAGAGAAGAGAGCAGAGAUCUUUACUCCCAAAGUCUCCAGCCUAGCCGAUGGGCAGCUCCACCGUGUCCAAGUACACCGGGAAGGCAAAGACCUUUAUGUCCAGGUCAGUGAUCUCUAUCGGUGUAACGGCAUUCAGAGGAAGAAGGUGAGGACCAAGAUGCAGCGUGCUACGUGUUCAUUUUUAUUAAAUAGAACUGAACACUAAAUACAAGCGGAAUAACCGAAACAGUUCUGAAAGGCGAUACAAACACUAAAGAGAAAACUACCCACAAAACUCAGGUGGGAAAGGCUACCAAAGUAUGGUUCUCAAUCAGAGACAACGAUAGACAGCUGCUUCUGAUUGAGAACCACACCCGGCUAAACAAGAAAAUCAAAACAUAGAAAACGAACAUAGAAUGCCCACCCAAGUCACACCCUGGCCUAACCAAAAUAGCGAAUAAAAGCCUCUCUAUGGCGUGACAAUCGGAAUCUAUUUCAACAUAGCAAAGCAUUAUGCUUACAUCAUAGACAGUCAGCCCACCUUGAUGGCAUGUUGAAGUGUAUUUGGAAAUGUUUGCUUUUUUCUUAAACCAGAUUGACAAAGACCAAAAAUACAACCUUCUUCUGACAUGAAGAUGAACACACUACGACCUCUGACUUUAGGUAAAGUCACAGGUACAUCAGCAGGACCUGCUGGUUUGGAUGAGGAAGUGCUUAGGGCAGGAUCCAAGGGUUUCAUUGGCUGCCUGUCGUCUGUCCAGUUCAAGCAUUUGACACCUCUGAAGACAGUCAUUCUCAGUCGUGGAAGCUCAUUGGUCCAUGUUCUUGGCAAUCUAGUUGAAUCGAACUGUGGAGCCUUGGCUGAUAGUACAACUUCACAAUCAGCAUCUGGUGAGUUUAAUAGCAUUGAUGUGAAUCAUGUUCGGCUUCACAAUAUGGAUUUUAUUUAUGUCAUUUUAUUAGCAUACAGUGCAUUCGGAAAGUAUUGAGUUUUUCCACAUUUUGUUACAUUAUUCAGUAUUCAGACCCUUUGCUAUGAGACUCGAAAUUGAGCUCCGGUGCAUCCUGUUUCCAUUGAUCAUACUUCAGACGUUGCUACAACUUGAUUGGAGUCCACCUGUGGUAAAUUCAAUUUAUUUGACAUGACUUGAAAAGGCACACACCUGUCUAUAUAAGGUCCCACAGUUGACAGUGUAUGUUAAGAGCAUAAAUCACGCCAUGAUCGAUGUCGAAGGAAUUGUCCGUAAUGCUCAGAGACAGGAUUGUGUCGAGGCAUAGAUCUGGGGAAGGGUACCAAAACAUUUCUGCAGUAUUGGACUCCAUCACCUGCCUGAUUACCUUCCCUAUAUAUGUCACUCCCUUUGGAUCCUUCCCCAGGGGUUAUUGUUUCUGUUUCAGAUUCAUGUCUGUGUGUUGUUCGUGUUUCUUGUUCUGUAUUAUGUUUUGUUUAUUUAUUUAUUAAAUUAUUCACUCCCUGAACCUGCUUCCCGACUCCCAGCGCACACAUUAGACGGAAGCCACUCCUCAGUAAAAGGCACAUGACAGCCCGCUUGGAAUUUGUCAAAAGGCACCUAAAGGACUCUCAGACUAUGAGAAACAAGAUUCUCUGGUCUGAUGAAACCAAGAUUGAACUCUUUGGCCUGAAUGCCAAGUGUCACAUCUGGAGGAAACCUGGCACCAUUUCUACGGUGAAGCAUGGUGGUGGCAGCAUCAUGCUGUGGUGAUGUUUUUCAGCGGCGGGGACUGUGAGACUAGUCAGGAUCGAGGGAAAGAUUAAUGGAGCAAAAUACAGAGAUCCUUGAUGAAAACCUGCUCCAGAGCGCUGAGGACCUCAGACUGGGGCGAUGAAAAAGAUAUGAGAAAACAGUGAGGUCCAGGCUCUGUCGCAACCGGCCGCGACCGGGAGGUCCGUGAGGCGACGCACGAUUGGCCUAGCGUCGUCCGGGUUAGGGAGGGGUUGGCCGGUAGGGAUAUCCUUGUCUCAUCGCGGCACACCAGCGACUUCUGUGGCGGGCCGAGUGCAGUGCACGCUAACCAAGGUUGCCAGGUGCACGGUGUUUCCUCCGACACAGAAAAUGGUCAAAAAUAAAGAAAAACCCUGGAAUGAGUAGGUAUGUCCAAACUUUUGACUGGUACUGUAUUUAUUUCAAUGAUCAAACAAUAAAGAUAUCAUUUUAAAGAUGGAUGAGAUCUUCCUAUAUUCCUUUUUUGGAGUCAUUUAGUAGAUGCUCUUAUCCAGCGUGACUUACAGUAGUGAGUGCAUACAUUUUCACACUUUUAACUGGUCCCCCAUGACAAUCAAUCCCACAACCCCGGCGUCGCAAGUUAACCACACGGGACUGUAUGCUGUUGAAUAUUGGCAUGGAAGGACAUAGGAGUCCCUAUUCAUUCAUUAUACAAAUGUUACAGUAGUUAGCUAAGUGCUUUAUGUUCAUGCACAUUAUCACCAAAAUAUUCAUUGUGUAAUAUAUAUAUAUAUAAUAAUUUAUAAGUAUAAUGUAUAUUUCUAAAACUGACUCGGUACAAACAAAAAGUGUAUUUGUUCUGGAACGUGACUACUGAAGUUCAAGGAGGGUAAAGGAUGGAAAUGAAAUAGGCUUCAGUAUGAAACUAAAAGAUCAGGUCCCACAUGUCUGUUGGCUCAGUUGCAGUCCAAGUCAGGUGUGUUCUCAAACAUCU